CGAGUCACAGGCGAACACGUGGAGGAAAUGACGCGGUUUUUUGGGUCCCUGAAUGGAAAAUGAAGUCGUUGAAAAUGACGACUGCUUCUUCUUCACCUCCUCCGUAGCUUUGGAGGCUCUGGAGACCUUGACCCCCACCUAAACCUCUCUGCACAACGAUAAUCAAAUUUCAUUGUCUCUAACUUUGAAUCCAAGAGACGAAAUUUUAUUUGUGCAGAGAGACAAAAUUGAAGAAUAUAUACAUAUAUAGAUACAGCGCCCUCUUCAAUUCCGUUGCCUUCUCUUCUCAAAAUUGAUAAGAUUAAUUUGUUAGUGACAAAAUGGGUUGCAAUUCCAGCAAAAGCGUAGACUCAAAAGCGAACAGAGCCGCCCGAUGGCGAUCCACCGGCAUUGUUGGUUUGCGGGACUCCAAAUUGAAGUCAUUUCCAGAUGAAAUUCUUGACCUGGACAGAUCAGUACGUACUCUUGACUUAACACACAACAAAAUAGUUGACAUUCCUAUGGAAAUUAGCAAAUUAGUAAACCUGCAGCGACUGGUCUUAGCUCAUAACCUCAUUGACAGACUACCGAUAAAUUUGGCAAAACUAGAGUCUCUAAAAGUUAUGACACUUGAUGCAAAUCGAGUGACUUCCUUACCUGAUGAAUUGGGACAGCUGGUGAGACUUGAGCAGUUAUCCAUCUCUGGAAAUUCCUUACAAUAUUUGCCUGAGACUAUUGGAAGUUUGCGCAAUUUAAAGCUUUUAAAUGUAUCUAACAACAAAUUAAAGUCUCUUCCAGAAUCCAUCGGUAGUUGCUUCUCUCUGGAAGAAUUACAAGCAGAUGAUAAUUCAAUUGAAGAUCUUCCUGAAUCAGUCUGCAACCUUGUCCACUUAAAGGCACUUUGCUUAGACAAUAAUAAUGUGAAGCAGAUACCUACUAAUCUGUUGAAAGACUGUAAAGCUCUGCAGAAUAUUUCCCUGCAUGGAAACCCUAUAUCAAUGGAUCAGUUUCAGCAGAUGGAAGGAUUCCAAGAGUUUGAAGCAAGGAGGAAGAAGAAGUUUGACAAACAAAUUGACUCAAAUGUGAUGAUCAGUUCCAAAGGCCUUGAUGAGGGUGUCGAUCAUUGAGAGUAUGACAUUGACAUUCCUGAAACAAGGUUAACGAGUCAACGCCGUUCAAAUGCGAAAGAGGGGUGGUUACUUCGCCGCUGUAAAUUGAGAUGAGCUCUGCUGUAGCUUGGGAAUGGACGACAACAUUGUUAUUUAUGAUCACUCGUCAUGUGCAAAAUAAAAAGUAUCCGAACUCAAUUCUGUUGCAUUGUACACUUGAUAGUGUUUUCUUCAAUACUUGCCGGUCAUUGGCAAGCUUUGUAUACGAAAGGGUGGGAACUCAUUUUGGUUACACAUUUGAACUGUAAAAUAAAAUGUUACUUGUACUGAUACAAAAUGGAAAAGUGAAUAUAAUGAGAACACUGAACGCAAUUUCUGGACA